AUGGGAUUAUCUUUUUCUAAAUUGUUUUCUGGUCUUUUUGGCCGCAAAGAAAUGAGAAUUUUAAUGGUUGGUUUAGAUGCUGCCGGUAAGACCACCAUUUUAUAUAAAUUGAAGUUAGGUGAAAUUGUCACCACUAUUCCAACUAUCGGAUUCAACGUCGAAACCGUUGACUAUAAGAACAUUUCUUUUACCGUCUGGGAUGUCGGUGGACAAGAUAAGAUUCGUCCAUUAUGGAGAUAUUAUUUCCAAAACACACAAGGGAUUAUUUUCGUUGUUGAUUCCAACGAUAGAGACCGUAUUGCGGAAGCCAGAGAAGAAUUACAACAAAUGUUGAACGAAGACGAGUUGAGAGAUGCGUUAUUGUUGGUGUUGGCCAACAAACAAGAUUUACCAAACGCCAUGAACGCAGCUGAAAUCACCGAAAAAUUAGGAUUACAUUCGAUCAGACAACGUCCAUGGUACAUCCAGGCCACUUGUGCCACCUCGGGUGACGGGUUAUACGAGGGUUUGGAAUGGUUAUCCACCAACUUGAAGAAUUCUGCUUAA